ACACACACAGAUUACACUAACCACACAGACAAAAAUGUCAACAAACACACCGGCGCUAACCCAGACAAACACGGCCCUUCUGACAGAGGGGGCAAUUGCUACCGCGGCUCUACCCCCAGGAGAGCAAAAAUUGAGUGUGGCGGGUCUCGAAGAGGGAGGAAGGGGUGCAGUUGCGACCCCGGCAGACCCUUCAGUAGCAAUCCCGGUUACUGAAGAUGAUGAUGCUGAAAAGGAAGCUCCCGUUACUCAAGUCGUCGACUUAUCAGUGCCACUAAGAGCAAUUUUGGUUGGAGCUGGAAAAAGAGCUAACGUAUACUCAGACUUUGCCAAGCAGAACAAAAACAAAUUGAAGAUUGCGGCCGUGGCAGACCCUAACCAAUAUAGACGGGAGAGGAUGGCCCUAUUGCAUCUCAUACCCUUCGAUAGACUUUAUAUUUCAUGGAUAUGCGUUCCAGAAGAGAAGAUAGCCGACAUUGCUAUCAUAUGCACAAAGGAAAAUCUUAGAUUGGAAGUAGUACACGCAUUUGCUCAAAGGGGCUACGCGAUCAUCCUAGAGAAACCCAUGGCCCAAACGUAUUCAGAGUGUAAGAAGAUCAUUGAGGUGUGUCGGGAGAACCGGACGACCCUGGCCGUGGCCCACGUCCUCCGCUACGACCCCCACGUUGUCAAGAUGCUCGACAUGAUCGAGAAGGGCGCCAUUGGUGACGUCAUCAGUAUUCAGCACACCAAUCCGGUGGGGUGGUACCACUUCGCCCACAACCACGUCCGCGGUGAUUGGUCGAAAGCCUACAAGUCAUCAUCGCUACUCGUUAACAAAUGCUGCCAUGACAUGGACUUUAUAAGAAGCCUGCAGUCUGGGGUUGAAGUGAGGUCCGUGUAUUCCAAUGGCUCUCUAGCUCAUUUUAAAGAAGAAAACAAAGGCUAUCGAGAUUGGCCGGUGAACGAAAUAACCGAAUUUCCCGAUAACGAUACGGUUACCGAAGCACUGUUGCAUGGUCCGUACGGCAGAUGUGUUUAUGAACAGCUGAAUGACGUCUGCGAUAAUCAGGAGGUGUUGAUCCAGUUUGACAAUGGAGUGACAGCCUCCUUAACUUGCAAUGCCUUCACCGAGAAAGUUAACAUCAGGAAGACCAUAGUCAGAGGGAGCAGGGGUGAACUCUCGUGCGACUACGAUCAGUCGUUCAUCAAAGUUUUCGAUUUUGUCAGAUCUAGCGAAGUCAUGUACCAUCUAAAUAAUGAGAAAGACAUGUCGAGCCAUUCCCUUGUAACCUUCAGAGAUGCCGAUAGAGCCUUCAUCAACGCCUUCAUAGACUGUGUAAAGAAUCACGAUCCUAAUGCUUUGCAUUCCAAUCACAUCGACACUCUGCAAACUUACCUUCUGCUCUUCUCCGCUGAAAAAUCCAGACAAACUAACAAAAUUGUCAUCCCCAAUCAAGAAGAAGGUUUUCUUGAGUGAUUGAUUAAGUGAAUGGGUGGAUUAAUGAGUAAAAUGUUCUGUAAUAAUCUAUGUAGUUGAUUUCGAUUUGAUUGACUGGUUGAUAAAAUAAAAUUGACUGUAUUUUUGUUGGAAAAUUUGCGAUAAAAG